UGGAAACUGUCCUUUUAGUCCUGAUGGCAGCUUGGUAUUUUACUAUAUUUCAAACACUGGUACCCCACAGAGACCAUGUGGUGUCUGUUCCCUGCAACUAUAGUGCAGCAUGACUCCCUAUGAUUCAGCGUCACUCCAUAUGUGAUAUCAUGUCUAUCUAACACUAUUCUUGAUUACUAUAUCCAAAAGGAUAAUUUGUCAUGUUAGAAUAGCAUAAUAAUCCACAGUGAUCAAGGAAGAGUUUAUCUCGGUUACAGUGAGUGGGAGAAUGCUGUACACUACAACCAGAAUCUUUCAAGGUUUAUCUCUGCGAAUGAUAAAGAAUAGAUUCUGGGGCUGGCAAAGCGAUAGUUAAUACUUGAGAGCAUGAUGUAGAGUUGUGAUGAUGACUGCAGAUCAACUAUAAGCUAUAAUUAAUUAUCAUGAUUGAUCUGUUCGUGGAACAAUUGUUUUCAAGUGUGCCACAGUUUAUUGAUGACAGAUGUUUAGGCGUGCCCUUUGGAAGCUUAGUGUACGUGCCAACAGGAAGAAUAAUUAUCACACAGAAGCUUGCUUCAGUCAUAGAGGGCAGAGCGGGAACACUCGUCUUGCAACAGUUGAGCCAUGGAAAUGGAAGAGGACUGGCUGUUUGACUCUAUAAGAAAGUACAAGAGCCUGUACAUGUAUGACCUGCAGAAACCAGUCCAGGCUGCUGAUUGGCUAUCAUCUGACUGUUUGGUUGUUGCCACAUCAGACGAAAGGAAACAUGAACUCUUGGAGUUGUCUCUCCCUGCCCAGGUGUGUGUGCAGGAAGACAGUUCUGGUUUGACGAAAGACCGAGAUUUCCAGGUGGUAAAUGGUGGCUUCACAGACAGCUCUAUCAUAUCUCUACAUCAUCUGCGCCAGGCAAGGAAAGUGUUGGCGUGUGUAAGGGGAGACAACUCUGUAGAAACCUGGCAGCUUGGGUCAGAAGAUGGAAAUCUGAUCGAGAAAAUAGGUGUUUUGUGCAGCAAGAAGCCUACAUGCCACCCGUCACAGUUGUGUGAUCCGUGGAGAAUUAUAUUUAUACAGUGUUUUUGUCCCCAUGUCCAGCCACCCUGCUCAGCUCUGUGUUCUGUGAUGAAUAAUACACAGUACUUAUCUCCCUUGUCCAGCCACCCGUCACAGUUGUGUGUUCUGUGGAGAAUUAUAUUUAUACAGUGUUUUUGUCCCCAUGUCCAGCCACCCUGCUCAGCUCUGUGUUCUAUGAUGAAUAAUACACAGUACUUAUCUCCCUUGUCCAGCCACCCAUCACAGUUGUGUGUUCUGUGGAGAAUUAUAUUUAUACAGUGUUUUUGUCCCCAUGUCCAGCCACCCUGCUCAGCUCUGUGUUCUAUGAUGAAUAAUACACGGUACUUAUCUCCCUUGUCCAGCCACCCGUCACAGUUGUGUGUUCUGUGGAGAAUUAUAUUUAUACAGUGUUUUUGUCCCCAUGUCCAGCCACCCUGCUCAGCUCUGUGUUCUAUGAUGAAUAAUACACAGUACUUAUCUCCCUUGUCCAGCCACCCGUCACAGUUGUGUGUUUUGGAUGACAGCUGUCUGGUGUUUGGCUCCGAUCUGUCCAGCCUCUCUGUAGCCGACAUCAACACACAGCAAACAGUGGCCCACAUACAAGAUUGUCAGAGAGACAUUAUUAUUUCCAACAUGCUUCAACAAGACCGCUGUGUGUUGACUUCGGGUCGUACAUCAGGAGAAUUGUUCCUUCUUGAUCCUCGAUCGCACACUAUAGCAGUGGAGCAGGUGUUGGACAAGACCAGUGCACAGCAGGUGUCGGACAAGACCAGUGCACGGCAGGUGUCGGACAAGACCAGUGCACAGCAGGUGUCGGACGCCUGUCCCCGCAGAGACACAUGGACACUGUGUGAAGACAAGUCCAAGGCAGUUGUGCUGCAAAUGUGUAGUAGUGGUGUGAUGCGUGUUCGAGACUGCAGGAACUUGAAGCAUUGUGUGAAAAGUGUACAGACGAAACUCCAGGCAGUUGAGCCAGGGGAGAUAACUCUCAGUAGUUGCCCGACUAAUGCAGACUUGGUGGCAGUUACAGGUUUUGAUGGCUGUGUACAGAUAUAUGACCGAAGCAAGUGGGGAGAUGCUGAUGUUGUCACACCAGUGUUUGUUCACCAAGGCCACAUCGCUGACAGAGAAGACCCAUCACAGGUCAUUGUGACGUCGCAGCAUCUCUGGUACCCAUGGAAACAGGGAACAUUGUUAUCUGCUGCGAGUGAUGGAGGUCUUCACAUAUUUCAGCCAGUUUUAUGAAAUGAUAUGGAUUUAUUUUUUUGAUAAAAAAUAUGAACAUAAA